AUUGCCAUUCAGUAAAUGACUUUCAGCCUACUUCUGAAUAGCCUCCCAGAGCUUUAUCAGAGCUUCUGCUCAGAACCUGAAGAUUGUUACUGCACCCUAACUCACUUCUCUGUGUUGGGGGUGCUCAUCUACUUCUUCUGUUUCCUGUUGAAAGUUCUAUUGAUCCGAAUCUUCUGUGAAAAUGAACAGACAGAAAAGUGUCAUCAGGGCAGAGCCAAGAGGAGGAGGAAAGGUGGGACAAAGAAAGGUUGCAGAUACAACCAGAAGGAAGAAGAGGAUAUAAAGACGUUGAUUUUUCUCCUAAAAAGCCCCCUGGGCCAGCAUCAUGAUUCCACCCUCUUUCGUCAACUGUUAUGUCCAGACCCCUCCUGUGAGGUGUGUAAUGAUACAACCACUGAAAUGGAUCAGCUGCUGUCCUCAUUGGCCCUUGAAGAUGCUACUCUCUCUGUGUCCCCUUUGGCUUCCACAGCUCCUGUGACUGAGCCAGCAGUCCCUCCAGGAGAUCUAAUACCACCUCCUCUGCCUGAGCCUUUUCCACAACCACCCUCCAAUCUCUCCACUAACCCAGUGGUCUCAUUAGGUGAUUUUCCAUCACGGUCACCAUCGUUUCACUCUCUGCCACCAGAGCCUUUUCCUCCACUGGAAUCUGAAUUCGCAGUGGAUAGUUCCCCACCUCCACCCCUUGCCUUGCCCUCUCUCCCAACACAUGACAACCAAAGUGUGGAAACACCUCUGAACUUUAAUACCAUCUUUAUUGAAACCUCCAUUACCCAAUACAUCAACCCUUCUCCAAAUUUGGCCCUAAUUUUGAAUCCCACAGCAUCAGUGACUUAUCAUGGUCCACCAACCGUGUCUGUUUCACCACCACCACACUACAGUUUAACUGUGACUCAACCUAAAACCACUCAUAUCUCAUCCAAGCCUGCUCUGGAGAGCUCAUCUCCAGACAGCACUGGGGCAUUGGCCACUUAUGUCCCUCAAGGCACUGACCAUCAAAGCCUAUCGAUUUCAGACAUUUCCUGUCAGGAAGCUUGUGUCAAAGGCCCAUUGCCGUCCACCUUGGCACAACAUGAUUUCAACCAAGUUCAGGAUGUGGGGUAUGACUCUAAGAAAAGCCCAGAGAGUUAUAUGAUGAGUCCAUCUGGAGAAAAUUCAACAGUGUCAGAGCAGAGUAAAAGUCAGAGACAAUCAGAAGAAGCCCUAAAAGUACACUUAAGCAAGAAGUUUGAGGAAAUCAUUAAGGGUCAGCUCCCUGUGACUGUGCAGAGUUCACUGCAUGCUAUCCAACAGACACCUUCUAUGCAACCCCACAGUGAAGUAGAACAGAGAAGUUUGGCAAUACCAGUGCGUGAGGAAAACUGCCUGGACACGUGCCAGGAGCUUUCCUUCAUUGAGUCCAAUGCACAGCAGAUGCUGGAAGGCCACAUUACCAUGUUCAAUUUGAGGAUGGCGUGGGGCCUUCCCACCAAAGUUCUUCAAUCCAUAGAGCUCUGUAAAUCGAGAGAUACUUUAUCCCAUUCCUUUCUCGAUUACAAAUUUUCCUCCUCCACCAACAUGAUUUCUGAGGUGGCCUCCAAAUCAGGGGGCUUCAUACCCCUUCAAGGAAGCUCUGAAACCUUCAAUCAUCCUUACUCUGCCACCUCACUUGUGGGCCAGAGAGGACAGGGGACCCUGAGACAACCACCCUCUGAAAUAGCCCACGAGCUGGCCGAGGAAGUUCCAAGAAUUCCAGAUGCUGGACAGACUCUUCUGCCUGUUACAAACAGCAUCAUUGGCAAAGAGAAAGAGAGAGACACUCUAAGAGCCAACAUCCCCCCACCAAUGCUGCCCAUAAGGCAAACCAGGGAUGGACAUGAGCCAAAGGAUCAGAGUGUGGAUUCCAGUCAGGGCAAAGAGAUGAAGAAAUCAGAACCUGUCUCCAUGCCCACCGUGUCCAGGGCUGAGGAGCUCAAUGCUCUUCAAUCUAAAAUGAGUGACGCCUUGACAACCAGCAAGCCGGGAACCUCCCAAAGGCUAAAUGUGAAUGAGAAUAAAGGAGUAACUACUGUGACAACUGAAAGCCUCCCAGAAAAAACAUCAGUUCUCCAAGAUCCUAUAUCAAACUCUCAGAUGACACUAAUUGAUGAGUUAAAGUGUAAGCUCGAGAAGAGGAAGCAGGGCCAGGCCCAAGGCCAACACACUCAUGUGUCCCAUGCCUCAGACAGCUUAACUAACAAAGUCUCCCUGACUCAGGCUCAGGAUGUCUCCAGUGUGGACGGGGCAGCUCACCAGGUGCUGCAUGUCCAUUUGGCGAACACGGGAGUCAGUCUGGAGCAGCCACAGGAGCCUUGGGUCCCUAAGAAUGUCUCAAGGUUGUGCCAGAAUAAGAAUUUCCCACCAGCUGCAAAGAAGGUGAGGCCUACAAGGUCCUCAUCAAAAGAGCUUGGUGGAGGAGAUGCAGGCUUGGGAACAUCCCAACCUGAAAGGAGGAGAUUUCCUACUCGAAACCUGCCAUUAAAGGAGAGGCUCAGGAGCAAGUCUCCCCAGAGCCCAUCACAGAAGGCACAGUCUCCUGAAAACCUUUUCAGAAAUCAAAUGAACCGUUUUUUUCAAUGGCUUCAUCCUGGGAUAAAAUACAAAGAGCAAGAAUACUCUCAGGAAAAGGGUAGCCCCUUAUCAUCUACACAGAGCACAGGCCCAGUUAAAAGUAGAGCUGUCUUAACUGGGUUGUUCCACGAGGAGAAACUGGGGUGUCAUCAUGCACUUGCAGUAGCUACCACCUGCCCUCAAGAGCCCCUUCCCUCUGCAGUGAAGCUUGUGAACGCUUCACAGAAGGCAGCAGUGUGGGCCCAGGCAGAGCCUGUCCGGGGGCAUCCUUUCAACCCCAGGGCUCCCUCCUUUAAAAUGACAAAUACCCAGUCCUUCUGCCAAGAAGCUGCCUUCAGAGACAAGGACAGAAACCCCUGAAAAGUUGUGGCAUUAAAGGACCAGCUAUUAGAUCAGAAGCAGCCCCAAUCUGUGCCCAUAAAGAGGAACUAUGCCCCAUCCAAGCCCCACCUGCAGGCCUCCAGCUGCCCACGGGCCUCCUGCUGCUCUCACCACUGCUGGAGGCAUUGUGUUCAGAGAUCUGACUAACCUAUACAAGCAGAAAGCUAUUCUGCCACUUUUGUAGGGAAGAGAAUUUCCCACCCCAAAAUAACUUUUCUUGAUUUGCCUUAAUAAAUGUUUCACUAAUAAUA